AUGCUGCUCGAGUUCCUGGCCACGGAGCUCGUCGCCCAAAUCUUCUUCCACCUAACCUCCAUAAACGACGUUCUCGCGCUUUCGGCCACCUGCCACCGUUUCCGCAGCAUCUAUUCUUCCUCGCGCAAGAUCCCCAUCCUCGAGCACGCCGUCGACGCACAGUACGGGCCGCUGCUCGACGCCACCCAGCUGCUCACGCACAACAGCAGCCAGCCCGCCCACUUGAUCCGCACCGUUCCCCUCUCCAUCGCCCUCAUCAAACAGCUUGUCCACGUCGGCCGCGUCGCCGAGCGCUGGGCCGACCUCUACCCGUUCAAGAAAUGGAAAUACAACUUCGAGGACCGGCGACUGCUGACGGCGGCGGAGCGAGUGCGCGUGCGCCGAGCCCUAUACCGACUCUGGCUGUACAACCGCGCCUUCUACAACCGCGCGCACCCGCGCGAGACGCGCAUGAGCCGGCCGGUGCUGCUCGAGCGCGCGGCGCUGCUGCACAACUGGAGCACCUGGGAGCUGGCCGAGAUGGCCGACGCGCACGCGGUGCUGCGCGAGGUGGUGCUGGCCAACGUCUGCCCGAGCAACGGCACCAUCGCGCGCCGCUUCAAGAAGCGCUUCCCCGAGCGCGACCAGACCCAGCUGUGCUUCAACAUUCACCUCAACUACCCCCCGCCCGUCACCAACCCCUUCAACUCCCCCUUUCACUCUAGCCCCAACGCUCUGUCCAACUACUACCAGCACGUCGGCCCGCACGACAAUCGCUUGCAUUACUCAAAGUACACGGCGACGGCCCAUCACGAGCCGGGCGCCGAGGGCUGGGGCGACGAUAUCCCGCAUUACUACGUCGUGGAGGAUAUGAUGAAGCUGGACCCGGAGCAGAUCUUGUGGCUGAAGGAAAACGCGCCGCUGAAAGGUCAGGUGGAGAUGUUCGUGAAGGGCUUGGGCGAUUGGUUCGAGAAUAACGGCGAGACGUGGAGCCAGACGCUGGCGUGGGUGCUGAACGAGCGGGGCGAGGAUGUGGAGGAGAUUUUGGGCGGUAUCGCGGACUGCGAGUUUGGGAUUGCCGUGGCUGAGGAGUGA